AUGAAGAUCAUCAUAAUCGGCGCCGGUAUAGGCGGCCUGUCAACCUACCUGGCCCUCCGAAAGCACCUACCAUCAAACGAACGGCACGAAAUAUCCAUCUACGAAGCUCACGACGUCGAACAUUACCUCGACCUCCACGGCGGUAACAAGGGUACCACUGAAGCGUCAGAACUGCCUGGAGCGACAGACGACGAGCCCACUUUUACUCCGGAAGCCAUAGCAGGAGCUAUCGGCAUCGCCAGAAACGGCUUGGAGGUGCUCUUGCGCCUCGACGAGGACCAGCACAGUGAGUCUAGCAUCAUUACCCAGAUGCUGACCAAGGGUCAUCCUGCUAGUAAGUGGAAGUUGGGGAGCGCGAGAGGGUGGCAGUUGGCGGAAGCGCGGAUGGCGUCGCCGGCAAGCACCGAGGGAGGCAUUACGUCGAUCAUGAUCUCCCGACAAGAAAUGUGGAAGAUCUUGCUCAGGGCGGUGGUGCAGGUUGGAGGAGAGGGAGCGAUUCGUCGGGCGCAGGUCAAGAAAGUGGUACUGCCCAAGCACGGACAGGCAGCCCGGCCGAAGGUGGUGUUUGAGGACGAAUUUCCAGAGGAGAAAGCAGACUUUGUCGUCGGGGCUGACGGAUUGCGGAGCGUGGUCAGAGCCGCCAUGUUCCCAAAACCCGACCCAGCAGAGGAAGUGCAAACACCAUGGUCAUGGUCUAGAUGGCUGCUCUCGUGGUUUCACUCCACACCAAUGCCAACCGACUACAUCUCACCGCGCUAUGAAGGGCUCGUGGGCGUCGCCGGCUUUGUGCCUUCAUCUGUACUCACCUCAGCCGGCCAGGAGCGCGGAAGCAUGUCAAUCACGUUCGGGCCCAACGGCUUCUUUGGCUGUGGCUUCUUUAGCACCGCUCCCUCGUCUCUCGCGUCGCCACUGACACUGUCGACCGCGGAGUCGGCGCCCGAGCCAGGAUCCACGGCUGGGUGGUGGUCCACGUUUGCGGCCGACGACCCAUGGCCGUAUCACACGCGAAAUGAUCAUGGUUCGCGACCCAAACCGCAGCAGGACUUUGAUCGAGACACGGCGCUGAAAGAUUUGCUUGCACGUCACAAACACUGGAAGGAUCCUUCGGUCCAAGCCAUUCUCCGAUACGCCAAAGACAACACUGAGAAAUGUCUGCAAGGCGUGUGGCCCACAUGGACAACGCCACCAUUGCCAACGUGGACGAAGGGCAAUGUGGUGCUCAUGGGAGAUGCCGCUCACGCACUGCAGCCCAGCAGCGGACAGGGAGCCUGCCAGGCUUUGGAGGACGCCGAAACCCUCGCCAGAUUUCUGGGGCACUUCUGCGCUCGCAAGGAAGGCGGUGGCAAUGAUGAGUACAUACGGCGGGCGUUGACAAAGUACGAGCAGCUACGAAUGCCACGGGUUGCCGAGAUCUACAUGCGGAGUCAGAGGAUGGGAAAGAUGAAGAAAGACAUGGGCUUCGUCAGCGAGAUGCUGACAUACGCGGUCAUCAAGGUGAUGGGCAUGAUGCACAGUAGCGCGAACGAGAGGCUGGUGGCGUAUGAUCUGCCGGCUGAGGUGGACCAGGCAUUGAACGGCCGCUAA